AGAGUUAUGCCAAUGAUAGAGUCAGUUGAGUCUGUCCCCCUUUCUGAUAUAAACGUUUAGUUAAAUCUGUAGAUUAUGGAUUUGUGGACAUGAGUGCCAGUGUAAAUGCUAUUUAACUAUUAAUUUCAAUGCUGGAUAAGAUUGAAGAUUUAAAAAAAUUAGCUUUAUUUGUCACAAAUACAUCAAAACAUACACCAAAAGUUAGAGUUAAAUCAAAUCAGCGAGAAUUACGCUGGGCAGCCUGCAAGUGUUACCAUGCUUCUGGCACCACCAGAGCAUGCCCACAACUCACUAACUCUAGCUCUUACUUCAUUGGAACGUGGGAAGAAACUGGAGCACCUGGAGGAAACUCAAGCGAUUAUGGGGACACUUAGAAACACCUUCCAGACAGUGGCGGAAAAGAACCCUGAUUUUACAGCUGGUGCUGCAAUAGCAUUACAGGAAUGUUGAAUGACUGGAAGCCUGUGAGUGGACUGUACUUGUUCUCUGUGGAUGUUGGUGCUCAUUUUCAUCUGUUCCUUUGACUACUGCUCUCUCGCAACAGAAUGGCAGAUUUGGAGAAAGAACCGAUUACGCUACACGCAGAUGUUUCAGCUGAUCUUCCAAAACCACGAUCAAAAAAAGCUCCAGAACUUCCCAUUUUGGAAAGAAGAAACUGGCUGAUACAUUUGCAUUAUAUUAGGAAGGACUAUGAGACCUGCAAGGCAAUCAUCAAAGAACAGCUGCAGGAGACCCAGGGGAUGUGUGAAUAUGCUGUCUAUGUACAAGCACUUAUCUUCCGCUUAGAAGGAAAGAUUCAGGAAUCCUUUGAACUCUUUCAGACCUGUGCAAUCCUGAACCCACAGAACGUGGACAACUUAAAACAAGUGGCCAGAUCACUGUAUUUGCUUGGAAAACACAAGGCUGCGAUUGAAGUUUACAGUGACGCUGCUAAAUUAAAUGAAAGGGAUUGGGAAAUCAGCCACAAUCUGGGAGUCUGUUUCAUGCACCUGAAGAAUUUUGAGAAGGCUCAAUUUUAUUUGAACUGUGCUCUGCAAAGCAGCAAGCAUGAUCUGACCUUCGUGGUGCUCGGGAAACUUUGCCUAUUGGAGGGAAAUACUGAAGGCGCUGUGGAAAUUUAUAAGAAAGCUGUAGAGUUUUCUCCUGAAAAUGCUGAUCUUCUGACAACUCUGGGGUUACUGUACCUGCAGCUUGGCAUGUACCAGAAAGCUUUUGAGCAUUUAGGAAAUGCUCUCACCUACAACCCCAACAAUUAUAAGGCCAUCCUGGCUGCAGGUAGCAUGAUGCAGUCUCACAAUGACUAUGAUGUGGCGCUCAGCAAGUACAGGAUAGCAGCACAUGCCAUUCCCGAAAGCCCACCCCUAUGGAAUAACAUUGGAAUGUGUUUCUUUGGGAAGAAGAAAUAUGUAGCCGCUAUUAGCUGUCUGAAACGAGCUAAUUAUCUCGCUCCAUUUGACUGGAAAAUUCUCUAUAACUUGGGCUUGGUACACCUGACAAUGCAGCAGUAUGCAUCGGCAUUCCACUUCCUGAGUGCUGCUAUCAACAUUCACUCAAAGAUGGGCGAGUUGUACAUGCUUCUGGCUGUUGCUUUGACAAAUUUGGAAGAUCCUGAAAAUGCCAAGAGAUCUUACAAUCAAGCAGUGAGUUUAGACCAGUCCAACCCUUUGAUAAAUUUAAACUAUUGCAUACUACUGUAUAAUCAAGGGGACCGGAAGGGAGCCCUGCUCCAGUACCAGGAAAUGGAGAAGGUGGUGAACAGGCUUAAGGAGAGUAGCAGUUCAUUGGAGUUUGAUCCAGAGCUGAUAGACAUGGCUCAGAAGAUUGGAGCAGCACUUCAGGUGGGGGAAAAUCUUGUCUGGACUAAACCAAGCAAGGACACCAAGUCAAAACACUGUGCGGCACCAUCUGGCAGCAAAGUGACCUCUAACCAACAACCCCUGGGCUCUAACCAAGCCCUGGGGCAAGCUAUGUCUUCAGCUGCAGGCUAUAGCAAAACCAUUCAGCUUUCUGCUGAUGGCUGCCUGACGCAUAUACAGAAACCUCCCUCGUUACCCCUGGAACCAGAAUCAGGUGCUGAAGAUUUGAGCAGAAAGCAAAGCCCAAGAUAGCUUGUGUUAGCUUCCUGAUCUUUAGAAUAGGCAAUUAAUUACAGCACCAUAAUGUAAUAGCGUCCUGUGCUAUUACGUUACAUUAUUGCAGUGUCUCUAUUAUCUACAGAUUUCAAACAUUAGUUUGGUUUUCUACUUUCCAUGUGUAAAGUUUAAGCCCCACACCAGCUGUCCCAGCUGGGAUUGUACUCCCCUUCUCCAGAACGAUGCCACCAGUCUGAGAAGUUGGUGGGAAACUCACUCUGCAUGGAUCUAGGAGGCUGUUCUGGAACCCAGAUACACAGGCUGCUCAAAACUUUGCUUUGGUCUGUUAUAGGAACCGAGGGUUUGCUUCUCACACCUAACCCUGGCAUUCUCUCCGCAUCACUUGUUCUUAUAAACAGUUAGUAGUCAACAGAUUAACCAUUAGUCUCAGCGUUCAGCAAUUGGGCAGUCUGCUGACUCUGGUGGAGCUGUUCUUGUGGCAGUCUAGUAUGAACAAACCACUCUGAGUGGUUCUUAGAAAGGAUGGUGAGGUAGUUCAUUGUUUAGCCCUGGCAAUGGUUAUUUGGGAAAGACAUCAGAACUUGGGCAAGCCCUGGUAGAGAUCAGAAAAACUGCAGGGUCAGGGAUGGCUGUGCAGUGUGUAGCCAAAUGCUUUUGUUAAAUUUUGUUAAAUUUGUUAAACAUUGAAGUAGACCAUUCGCUUAUUGUGCAUCUCAUAACAUCUCAACAAACAGAACAUUGGCACAGCUAUUCCAUUAUAAGACCUUAAGACAUAGGAGCAGAAUUAGGCCAUUCAGCCCAUCAAGUCUGCUCCACCAUUACAGAAUUAUUGGCUGAUUUAUUAUCCUUCUCAGUACUAUUCUCCUUCCUUAUCCCCAUCCCCUUUGAUGCUCUGAUUUAGCUAAAAAUUUAUCAAACUCUGCCUUAAAUGUACUCCAUGUCUUGACCUACACAGCCACCUGUGGCAAAGAAUUCCACAGAUUCAGUACCCUCUUAUGGAAGAAAUUCCUCAUCUCUGUUCUAAAUGGAUGUGUCCUUCAAUUCUGAGGCUGUACCCUCUGAUCCUAGAGUCCCUACUAUAGAAAAUAUCCUCUUUACCUCCAUUCUAUCCAGAUCUUUUCAAUAUUUGAUAUGUUUCCAUUAGAUUCUCCCUUCAUUUUUCUAAAUUCCAUUGUGUACAGGCCAAAGCCACUAAACACUCCUCAUAUGUCAAUCCUUUCAUUACUGAGAUCAUUCUGGUGAACCUCCAUUGGACUCUGUCCAAUGCCAGCACAUUCUUUCUUAGAUAAGGGGCCCAAAACUGCUCACAAUACUCCGUGCAGUCUGACCUAUAAAUCCUCAGCAUCACAUCCUUGCUUUUGUUUUCUAGUCCUCAGAAAAUGAAUGCUCACAUUGUAUUUGCCUUCCGCACCAUCACCAACUCAACCUUUAAGUUAAUCUUUAGGAAAUCCUGCGCAGGGAUUCCCAAGACUUUUUUAACUCUGAUUUUUGAACUUUCUCCCCUUUACAAAUUAAUCUACAACUUUAUUCUUUUGCCAAAGUGCAUGAAUGUGUACCUCUAUAUUAUUAUACUGCACCUUCCACUUCUUUACCAAUUCCUCCAAUCUUUCUAAGCCCUCUGCAGACACCAUUUCCUCAACACUACCUGUUCUUUGACUUGUCCUUGUAUCAUCUGCAAACAUGGCCACAAAGCAAUUAAUUCUUUUGUCCAAAUCAUUGAAAUACAACAUGAAAAGAAGCAGCCCCAACACCGACUCCUGCUGCACAUCACUGGUCACCAACAGCCAACCAGAAAAGGCCCCCUUUAUUCCCAAGGUUUGCCUCCUGCUAGUCAGCCAAUCGUCUAUCCAUUCUAGUACCUUACCUGUCAUACCAUGGGCUCUUAUUUUGUUAAGAGGCAUCAUAUGCAGCACUUGGUCAAAGGCCUUCUUAAAAUCCAAGUACACAACGUCCGGUGACUCUCUUUGGUCUACCCUGCUUGUUAUUUCCUGAAAGAAUUCCAACAGAUUUAUCAGGCAAGAUUUCCCCUUUAGAAAGCCAUGCUGUCUUUGACCUAUUUUAUCAUGUGCUUCCAAGUACUCUGAAGCCAAAUUGAACCCAAUGUCUUCCCAGCCACUGAAAUCAGACCAACUGGCCUAUAAUUUCCUUUUUUCUACCUCCGCUCGUUUUCUUGAUGAGUGGAGUGACACUUGCAAUUUUCCAGUCCUCAGAAAUCAUUCCAGCGUGUAGUGAUUGCUGAAUAGAUCAUUACUAAUGCCUCCACAAUCUCUUCAACUAUGUCUUUCACAAUCCUGGGGUGUAGUCCAUCUAGUCCAGGCCUUAUCUACCUUCAGACUUUUCAGCUUCCCAAGCACCUUCUCCUUAGUAAUCGCAAUGACACUUACUUCUGCCCAAUACCCUUGCAUUUCUGGCAUUCUGCUAGCAUCUUCCACAGUAAAGUCAGACGCAAAAUACUUAUUUUGUUCAUCACCAUUUCUUUGUCCCCAUUACAACAUAUCCAGCAUCAUUUUCCUGCAGUCUAAUUAUGCACUCAUCUUUUUUUCACUCCAUAUGUAUUUGAAAAUAACUUUCUGCAUGCUUUCUGAUGGUUUUUAAAAGCUUCCCAAUCUCCUACUUUUCCACUAAUUUUUACCCUAUUGUAUAUCCUCUCUUUUGCUCUUAUGCAGUCUUUGACUACCCUUGGCAGCCAUGGUUACCUCAUUUUCCCUUUAGAAUAUUUCUUCAUCUUUGUGAUGUAUCUUUCUUGUGCCUUCUGAAUUUCCUCCCCUAAAACCAGAGGGCUUGCAUUGAAGUUGGGGAGGGGGGGAUGUGAGGGCUAAGUUUUUUUUACUCCAGAGUCGUGGAUGCCUGGAAUGUGCCUCAUGGUAUGAUGGUAGAGGCAAAUACACUGUUUUGAGGCUUUUCAAUUAUAUAUGUAUCGGCACAUGGAUGCAAGGAAGAUGGAGGAACAUGAACAUGGUGUAGGUAGGAGGGAUUAAUGUUUGGGUGUUUUUGAUUUGCAUCUUAGCUGGUUAGGCACAACAUUGUGGGCCAAAUGCCCGGUUCCUGUUCUAUAUACUGCAUGCAUUCAAAUAUAACCUUUUAAAAAUAACACAUUAUACACAGAUAAGACCUUCCAUUGGCUCCAGAGGUUGCUAUAAGAGAUAGCAUUGGCUAAGUUGCAGUGCAAUUGCUAACAUGUCAGGAAUAUUGUAUUUGUACAACUUUAAUUUCAAUGCUUUGAAAGGACAAUUGUCAGGAAAGUUGUCAUUUUCUCUUGGAGGAUUGUCAUACCUAUGGUGGUGCACUUCUGCAGCUUGAAAGGCAAUCCCUGAGACCAAGCACUGGAAAGCUCCACUUAGUCCCAAGUGUUCCUUCCUCUCAGUCCUUCAACUGUCCUUAAUUAUCCCGUUCCCUUGUGAAUUCGAUAUAUGCCACAACUGUUUGGAACUAAAGAUCAGUGAACUACACACACACACACGCACCCACCCUAUUUGCUUGCACCAUUUACCCGAGUCAGUGGAAGUGAUCCUUUUAAUAAUCAUAAAAUGAUGGCUUUGUGGCAAAGUUGGCAGUGAUACAAAGAUAGGUGGAGGGGUAGGUAAUGCUGAGGAAGCAAUGAGAUUGCAGCAGGACUUAGACAAAUUGGAAGAAUGGGCAAAAAAGUGGCAGAUAGAAUACAGUGUUGGGAAAUGUAUGAUAAUGUAUUUUGGUAAAAGAAACAAUAGUGCAGACUAUUAUCUAAAUGGGGGCAAGUUUCAAACAUCAGAGGUGCAAAGGCGCUUGGAAGUCCCCAGAAGGUUAGUUCACAGGUUGAGUCUGUGGUAAAGAAGACAAAUGCAAUGUUAACAUUUAUUUUAAGGGGAAUAAAAUAUAAAAACGAGAUAAUGCUGAAGCUUUAUAAGACACUAAUCAGGAGU